GUCAGCUGAAGAAAGAAUAAUGGAACAUUGUCUAAACAAAAGUACUAACUCCACUUGCCCAGAAAUGCCCUAUGAAGAGAGUCGGAUACUUCUGGUUGCUGUUUACAGCAUCGUUUUUGCUAUAGGCCUUCCUGCAAAUUGCUUAACUUCUCUGCUUACGUUUGUACAAAUCCAAAGGAAUAAAGUACAUGCCAUCUACAUUUUCAGUUUAUCAUUGUGUGAUCUGAUGUAUUUAAGUACCUUGCCUCUCUGGAUUAUCUACGUGCAAAAUGGGCACAAGUGGACCAUGAGUGACAUUGCUUGCAAAACAACAGGAUUCAUCUUUUUCUGCAAUAUCUACAUCAGCAUUCUGCUUUUGUGCUGCAUCUCUCUGGAUCGUUACAUGGGACUGGUGUAUUCUCUGGAAUCAAGGGGGAAAAGAGAACAGAAAACGGCCAUCAUAACAGUCUGUGUUCUCUUUGCUGCGGUUGCACUAAUCCACAUUCCAGUAUUUUUCAUGGAAGUUAAACAAACCUGCUUUGAGACAGUGCCCCUUAACACAUUAUUCGCUUCUUUAAACAUUGCUAGAUUCGUAUUUGGAUUUGCCAUACCCUUCGCAAUCCUCAUUUUUACAAACUACUACAUUUUCCAAACUACAAAAAGAAGCAGCAGCUUGACUUGUCAUCAAAAAGCCAAAGUGAAGUAUGUGGCUAUUGCCAUUAUUCUUAUUUUCUUGAUCUGCUUUGCUCCAUACCAUGUUAUGCUCAUAAUAAGAGCCAUAUAUUUUAUGUUUCAUCAGGACUGUCCAUGUCCAUUUGAAAAUAAGGUAUAUUCAGUUUUUACAGUGUUUCUGUGUUUAGGCACUGCAAACGGUGUUGCUGAUCCAAUCAUCUACGUUCUGGUCAGUGAAAACAUCAGAGAAGAAACUUAUAGGAGCCUGAGAAGAUGGAGACAGAACUCAUCCAGGCUAAAUUCAUCCACUGAUCACAAUACUGACACCAUAAGAGAGGAAACUCCAAUAUAAUCAGAGGAACGGGGCCAAAGAAAAUAAACAAAGAAAUAACAGAUUCAUCCAACAUUCAGAAAGCCUGUACUAGUGGCAGAGACCAGGGAAGUGGCAGCUAGCUGGUAGCUGCUGGAACAAAUAAGAAGGUUCCCAGUGCCAGCUGCAGGACAC